CCUGCCCACUCAGUGGCAGCUUCCUGGAGCUUUCCUGUCCCUUCUGGAGCUUCAGCACAUCCAUCUUUCAGAACUCUCUGCCUAGGACCCUGAACAGGAGCCACCAUGCAGUGUUUCAGUUUCAUUAAGACCAUGAUGUUCCUCUUCAAUUUGCUCAUCUUUCUGUGUGGUGUGGCCCUAUUGGCAGUGGGCAUCUGGGUGUCGAUUGAUGGAUCAUCCUUCCUGAAGAUCUUCGGGUCGCUGUCGUCCAGUGUCAUGCAGUUUGUCAACGUGGGCUACUUCCUCAUCGCGGCUGGCGCUGUGCUCUUUGCUCUUGGUUUCCUGGGCUGCUACGGUGCUCAUGCUGAGAACAAGUGUGCCCUUAUGAUGUUCUUCUCCAUCCUCCUCAUCAUCUUCAUUGCUGAGGUUGCAGCUGCUGUGGUUGCCUUGGUGUAUACAACAGUGGCUGAGAAUUUCCUGACGACGCUGGUAGUGCCUGCCAUCAAGAAAGACUAUGGUUCUCAGAAGGACUUCACCCAAGUGUGGAAUCUCACCAUGGAAGGGCUCAAGUGCUGUGGCUUCAACAACUACACGGAUUUUGUAGACUCACCCUACUACACAGAGCAGGACGGAGCGUUUCCUCCAUACUGUUGCGGCGACAAUGGCACAACCACGGAAUCCUGCUCCGCGGACAAGGCUCAGAACAGUGAUGUACAGGGUUGCUUCAAACAGCUUCUGUAUGACAUCCGAACCAAUGCAGCCGCUGUGGGUGGUGUGGCAGCUGGAAUUGCAGUCCUGGAGCUGGCUGCCAUGAUUGUAUCCAUGUACCUGUACAACAAUCUGAAAUAAGUCUGCUUCUGCCUCCACCACUGCAGCCAUCACACAGGAAAAGGGAGGAGGCACCCUGGCACUGCCACAUGGCAGUGAUCAGGGUGGGGACAGGAUCUAAUAGAAUCACUCAGGAUGGAGUGGGCCUGCCCUUGCUGCUCCAGACCUGGAGCUAAAUGGGGACCACCCCUUUUAGGAUAUGCCUGAUUUUCCUUCCAUUGGUGGGGUUGGGGCCCACCUAUUCCAGAGCCUCUAAGGUAGCCAGUUCUCCUGCCCAUUCCCCCAUUCCCCCCGUCUUUUCCUUAAACGCUUGACACCCUCUUAGGCCAAGAGGGGCUCAUGGUGAUCCCAGUACUCCACUGGGUGAUGACAGAAAGGCACCUUAUAGCCUGGGCAUAUGCGAAAUCAGCAGAGCAGGCAGGCAGAUGUAUAGAAGGGACAUCAGAACUCAUAAACCAAAUCCAGUUAAAAUGUU